GCUUGAUAGUUUCAGCUGACCUGUAACACGAGAUUCUCAUGUAUUGUAGCAGUUUCUCCUUCAAUGUUAUUCACCUCGCGCAACGCGUUCACCAUGUAAUGUCACUACGAACACGCGACAAUGACGCACGGCUAGCUGAACAAAGUGAACAGAGCCCCAAGGCCCGUCCGCCCUGCUUUUCUUUGCUCGCUGCUAACGUCCUCGCACAGUCUGAACAACCCGUUUCUAAGACCACACCGCCUUCUGGAGGAGAUAUCGUGCGAGUCGCCUCAAGAUCACCGCCCUUUCAGCUCGGCGGCAGACUAUCCUCUGCCGAAACCACAUCCAAUCGCUCUGCUUCUCCAGCCAACCCCAUUACUACACACCUCUCCAUCAUGGGCCAAACACACUCGACGCCACCAGCCCCUGAGCCAUCGCCAGCAGCGCUGCCAGAAAGCGACCCCAACAACAACAACAACAACAACAACCGACCGCAACCACCAACCACCGCUCUGCCAUCCGAGAUUCCACCACCAUCAAUCUCAGUAUUCCUCUUCCCACCAUCCCACCUCUCCACCCUCAUCGCUGCCCUCGUAGCCGCCGCUUCAACCCUCUCCUACUCCCUCCCCCAAUCCCCCCUCGACGUCCUCCUCGCCCUCGACACCCUCGACGCCAACCUCCUCCACUGCCUCACCCACCUCCACCCCUCUCACACACACACCACCUUCUCCCGCACCACUCUCCACCACACCCAACGCCACCUUCCAACUCCGCUCACCUCCGCCGAAGCACGGCUCAAUGCCGUCCAAUUGCACGCUCGCCGCGGGCUGGAAGUCGUCGCUGCGUCUAGACGGCGCCAGUAGGCCGUGCUGAGCCGGCUGGACAUGAUGCUUGCCGGGUUUGAAUUUGCAGGGGAGAGGGGCGAGGAGGCAGUUGCGAAGCUGGAGAAUAUGCGGGUGCUGGUGCGGGAGGAAGCCGGGAGAGUGCGGAGGAUUGAGGGGUAUUAUAGACAGCGGGUGUCUGAGGUGUAUUAGUUGAAUUCAACACGCUGAACGUGGG